CACAGACAUAUGGUAAAUAAACGGACAGCGGUCAUACAUCCUUCUAUUGCUCUGACUGAUUUCAGUCCACAGAAAAAGGGAAGAAGGUGAAAAGGAGAAGUGUCAAAUUUUCUGAAUCUCUAAACAUUCCCCGGUGUGGUCAUACAGCUUUUUUUCUCCUGCUUAUUCAACCACCAAACCCACAGCUGUUUUUAAAAGGAUAUUAUAUUAACUGUCUUGCCAGAACUUCCCACCACGUUGAUUUAUUAUAUAUAUUAUAUAUGUAUAUUUAUUAUCCAUCCAUCCAUUUUCUUCCGCUUAUCUGGGGCCGGGUCGCGGGGGCAGCAGUCUAAGCAGGGAAGCCCAGACUUCCCUCUCCCCAGACACUUCCUCCAGCUCUUCCGUUCUUCUCUUUAUUAUAUUUAUUAUUAUUACUUUUUUGGUUAGACAGUAGUUAAUAAUACAAAUUUUAGAUUUAAUUAGUCAAAAUGCUGACAGAGCAAAAUGAAAAUCUCACCACCACAGUUUUAAACAUGACGACCCCGAUCCCUGGUGGUGGUGGACGAGGAGGCUGCCCAUCAGUCGGUAUUCAACUGGAGGGUGUGAUCCUGCCCCCAGUCCUCACCAUCGACGUCAUAAUGGGGCUGCUGGGAAACAUAGUUGCCCUGUGGAUCUUCUGCUUUAAACUGAAGUCCUGGAACCCGAACAACCUGUUCCUCUUCAACCUGGUCAUUGCCGACUUCCUGGCUCUGGUGAGUCUACCGCUGAGGAUCGAUGCCUUGCUCAGGGGCCACUGGGUGUUUGGAGACGGCUUGUGCCGGAUCAACCUCUUCCUGAUGUUUUCCAACCGCACGGCCAGCAUCGCACUCAUGACCGUGGUGGCAAUUUACCGCUACUUUAAGGUGGUUCACCCUCACCACCGGUUUAACCGUAUGACCAAGCGGCAGGCUGGAUUCGUGUCAGUGUUUGUCUGGUUGUUGGUGAUCAGCCCACGUGUUCCAAUGCUGGCUUACAACCACAUCAAGGGCAGCGGCAACAAAACCCAGUGUUUCUUCUUCACUUCUUACAAAGAGGCGUCCCGAGCCAUCGUCAUCUUGGUCGGCAUGCACCGGAUCCUAACAGUGCUGGAGUUCAUCAUCCCGCUGGCCAUGCUGCUGUUCUGCUCCGUCCGGAUCUCCAGGUUCCUGAAGGAGCGGCAGAUGGGAAAACCGGACAAGGUGCGAAAGGCGAUGCGAGUGUGCGCUGCCAUCGUCGCAGUGUUCACGGUGUGCUUCUUACCCACCACGGUGACGACCAUCGGGGUGUGGGUCAUCCGCUCAUACCGCCCAUGGGACUGUGCCUCCUUCUACACUUUCACCCAGCUCAACAUCGUGUCCUUGGGGCUGAACUUCCUGAACUCGGCCCUGGACCCCAUCAUCUACGUCUUCUCCAGCUCCAUGUUCAGGAAGGCUCUCUGCAGCUCGCUGCGCCGCGCCCUGUGCUGCAGACAGGACCCAGGCGACAGUGAGAACACAGCUUCCUCUUCAGGAACUCAGUCCACCACCCAGCAGGAACUGAAAUCCAUGAGGGCUGACAGAGGGAGUGAAGCCAUGUAAUGAGUGCUUCCUCAAUAAUAAUGGCUGGAUCAAGCACUGCUGAGAAAAACGCCCCAUUUAUACCUGAGAUUAAAGUGAAAUCUGUAACCGGAUAUGUUAUACAGAUACGGAAAAAUGCUUGUUCAUGCAAGGUGUAAACCAGAAUGUGAUCAGAUCUGCCUGAACACAUCUGGAGGUGGUCUGGAUCGCACUGUGUUCAGAUCGUUGUUAUUAUCUAGAUAACUUAUCAGGAUACCAGGUCUAAAUUGGGUGUAGGUCUUUUCCGUAUUUCCGUAUUUUGCCUACUUUGCGUGGAUUUUUGUUUGUUUGUUUUGUGUGUUUGGAUUUUUUGAAGCUAUUAAAGUUUUGUUUAUAUCUGGGACCUCUGUUAAUAUAUCAGUACAUUUUCAACUAUGAUCAUUGAUUAAAUGCAAACUCAGCUAUGCACAUAACUCAGUGUUGGAAAUUAACUUUUUCUACAUUUUAUCACCAUUUUUGAACACAAAAUUGUCA